CCGUUUAAAGUGGACAAAAAAAUUUCUGCAAAUUUCGAAGCAGCAGUUUUAUUGGGUACGCCGGCAUGGACACAAGCACCGGAUAUUGUUGAGAAAACCUCGUCACUGAAUAAGCAAAGUUGUUGCGAUAAUUCGUGCAAAGAAACGAAUGACAGCCACAUUUUAUUCCCAGUUGAAAAAUCUGUAUCGAUAUGUGAUACCGAACUAAAUGCUGCGUUACCACUGAAGGCCAGAAAUAAUUGCGUCGAAACGACUACAUCAAAUAAUUUUGAUGAAAAAGAAACAUUUUCAAUUUGUGGGAUACCGAGAAAUAUUUCGCAACCCUGCGAGAAGAAUUUACCUGAAAAAACUGAAUCAAUGUCAUUAGAAACUUUUCUUAAUAGAACAGAAUCGGAUUUACUGCAAGUAACGAAUCCUGCGAUGUUUAAAAAAUUAUUCGAUACGUUAAAACGUUUGAUUAGUUUUAUGGAGAGAAUCCAAUAUCAGGAUUGCUGUAGUUCGAUAGAAGUACAGACAGAAAGUCCAGCCGAUUCUGGAAAUUUAGAAAUACUUCGAGAAAAGAACGAAAUUGAUGAAUACCAAGAUAAUAUCGAAUCAGGGUUUUCUGAAAUGACUAAAUGCCACAGACCAUGCGAACCUCUUCCAGUAAAAUUUGAUGGUAAUAAUUAUAAGGAAAAUUAUACAAAAAUCAUACCUGAAGUCAAAAACGAAAUUCCACAAAGUGGAGAGACCACUGAGGACGUGAAGUUGGAAGUCGUACGUUCAGAGGAGAUCUCUUUUGAAAGUCAGUCGAAAUAUCUAUCAGCGGAAAAACUUAUUGUUAGCAAUCAAGAUAUCCCAUGCGAAAUGCGCUCUACAGACUGUCGAAAUCCUCCUCUAUCUAAUGCGGAUCUUCAGAGUGAAAUUCGAGAGGAAAUCACGAGCAACUUGCUGGACGAAGCGAACCAUUCCAAUGAUGAAAUAUGUUGUAUUACCGACAAAGUAGCUGCGAGUAAUAGCUGUAACAGCGAUACAAAUGAUAAAGCAAGUCUGGUAGUAAUUUCACAAUCAUCUCGCAAUGACGAAAUUGAUCAUUGUUGCCAGGAAGACUCAGAAGUUGAUUUAGAUACUUUUGUCAAUACAGUCGCAGCUCAAUUAAGGGAGUUGACCACAGAAGCAGCUCUGCGAUCUCAACAGCGUAUCCAAACAUUAAUCAGUAAUAGUCGUUUGGAGUCGGAAAGGAAUAUGCAGCAUCGAUGAAUCGUUCACCAUCCCUUGGAUUUGGUUCUAAUAUUUCACUGAAAUAGAU